AUGAUACCCAAUGCCAUCGUCAAUACAACUGAUCCCGGCUGUGUCUCAAACACCAGUGGAAGCAUGGACUGGCUCCAGAGGAACUUUGGCAUCUUUUCUGUUUUUGCAGAACUGCAGGAGUUACAAGUCCUUAAUCCCCACUUCUCCAGCAAGGAAUCACUGUCGCUGCUUACCCCAACCCAAGUGGCACAAUUGACAUUGACCUCCGGGGCAUUGAAUGACACAGAUGACAUUAAACUUGUGUUUACGCGGCUGGAGGAAGGAGACGCUUUCAAAAAUGUUGACGAGUUUCUGACGCAACUGACCGCAAAGGAAGAGAUUCCUGACAUCCAUCCAGCCGUGAGAGAUGUGAUGAUGAAUCAGACGUUCAACAUCAUCAGCCUUCAAUUCCCAGAGUUCGAAACGCUGGACUGGAUUGCAUGGUUCGAAGUAAAGCUGAUUCCCAUCCUCCCCAGUUUUAAUGAAGUCAUGCUCACCAUUGCUACCUCAAACGUCAACUGCACCAACUACCAAGUCAUUGUAAAUGGAAUGGACAGAGCUUUCCCUGAAAUGACUCAGGAUAGAAGAGAAGGAAUCGCAAGAGUCCUGCUGAAAUACCUGAGGAAAUCUGUGCACCUAACCAAUCGACCAGCUUGCAGGCAGGACAUCCACGAUGACAAUGACUGGCUUGCAAUCAACCUGGGGUCAUACUCCGAGUACACAACCUAUUCGGAUCUCAAAGACUUCAACAUCUCAGGGGUGGCAGUUCUAGACUCCCUCUCACCAAACCAGAAAGCUGAAUUGAUACUGGACCCAAGCACUGGCGCUCUGGAGAAUGAGACUCUUGUGAAGAACGUUUUCAUCAGCUUGCUGGAAUCUCCAAGGGAAGAGCAGCUCAAUGAGUUCUUUGUGACUUUUGUUGAAGUCACCAAGCAGGAAAACAUCACUAUCAUCACAAACACAGCCGUAAGAGACACAAUGCUAGACCUGACCUUGAUGGCUCUUGCUCCCAAAUUCGACGUUUUUGAGCCAAAAGACUUCCAGCUGUGGUUCCAAAUUUACGGGUCUCGACCAAAGUUUGGAAUCUCUUCCGCCUCACCUCUCACAGGGUGUAAAGUCAAGCUUGGAUGCACUGAUGAAGACAUUCCAACUGCAAAGAAACAUUGGUCAAUGAGAAACAACUUUGUGCUGGAUUUAACAGCGGACAACUUGGUGACGAUCCUGAAAUGCCAAUUGUCCAGCAAAAAGACUUACUCAACAGAAAUGUGGAAGCUGUUCUUCCAAAACAAUGCUGCUAUUCUGGACCAGGCUCUUCUGGAUUACUCCAGCAUGAACCCCAACACCAGCAGUCCAGCUAUGCCAAAUGUCCUUGAUGCCAUUGGAGAUGUCAAACUCAACAACUUCAUGAAUGCACAGCUGAACAACGCCAGUUUCGUUGACAAGUUGUUCCAGAAGAUGCUCCGUCCAUUCUUGUCAUCUCCAUCUAGGAAUUUCCUCUCCUGUCUCAGCUCAAAGAACUUCAGUUAUCCCGGCUGUGUCUCAAACACCAGUGGAAGCAUGGACUGGCUCCAGAGGAACUUUGGCAUCUUUUCUGUUUUUGCAGAACUGCAGGAGUUACAAGUCCUUAAUCCCCACUUCUCCAGCAAGGAAUCACUGUCGCUGCUUACCCCAACCCAAGUGGCACAAUUGACAUUGACCUCUGGGGCAUUGAAUGACACAGAUGACAUUAAACUUGUGUUUACGCGGCUGGAGGAAGGAGACGCUUUCAAAAAUGUUGACGAGUUUCUGACGCAACUGACCGCAAAGGAAGAGAUUCCUGACAUCCAUCCAGCCGUGAGAGAUGUGAUGAUGAAUCAGACGUUCAACAUCAUCAGCCUUCAAUUCCCAGAGUUCGAAACGCUGGACUGGAUUGCAUGGUUCGAAGUAAAGCUGAUUCCCAUCCUCCCCAGUUUUAAUGAAGUCAUGCUCACCAUUGCUACCUCAAACGUCAACUGCACCAACUACCAAGUCAUUGUAAAUGGAAUGGACAGAGCUUUCCCUGAAAUGACUCAGGAUAGAAGAGAAGGAAUCGCAAGAGUCCUGCUGAAAUACCUGAGGAAAUCUGUGCACCUAAUCAAUGGACCAGUUUGCAGGCAGGACAUCCACGAUGACAAUGACUGGCUUGCAAUCAACCUGGGGUCAUACUCCGAGUACACAACCUAUUCGGAUCUCAAAGACUUCAACAUCUCAGGGCUUGCUGGAAUCUCCAAGGAAGAGCAGCUCAAUGAGUUCUUUGUGACUUUUGUUGAAGUCACCAAGCAGGAAAACAUCACUAUCAUCACAAACACAGCCGUAAGAGACACAAUGCUAGACCUGACCUUGAUGGCUCUUGCUCCCAAAUUCGACGUUUUUGAGCCAAAAGACUUCCAGCUGUGGUUCCAAAUUUACGGGUCUCGACCAAAGUUUGGAAUCUCUUCCGCCUCACCUCUCACAGGGUGUAAAGUCAAGCUUGGAUGCACUGAUGAAGACAUUCCAACUGCAAAGAAACAUUGGUCAAUGAGAAACAACUUUGUGCUGGAUUUAACAGCGGACAACUUGGUGACGAUCCUGAAUUGCCAAUUGUCCAGCAAAAAGACUUACUCAACAGAAAUGUGGAAGCUGUUCUUCCAAAACAAUGCUGCUAUUCUGGACCAGGCUCUUCUGGAUUACUCCAGCAUGAACCCCAACACCAGCAGUCCAGCUAUGCCAAAUGUCCUUGAUGCCAUUGGAGAUGUCAAACUCAACAACUUCAUGAAUGCACAGCUGAACAACGCCAGUUUCGUUGACAAGUUGUUCCAGAAGAUGCUCCGUCCAUUCUUGGCAUCUCCAUCUAGGAAUUUCCUCUCCUGUCUCAGCUCAAAGAACUUCAGUUGUCUGACCUAUCAAAUUGUCAUUGAGGCUCUAAGCAACCAAUCAGCCUCCAUGGACAGAGAGCAACAACGAGUGAUCUUCACUCAUUACAUCUAUCCAUUCCUUUCAAGAAAUGACUCAUCAGAUCCCGGCUGUGUCUCAAACACCAGUGGAAGCAUGGACUGGCUCCAGAGGAACUUUGGCAUCUUUUCUGUUUUUGCAGAACUGCAGGAGUUACAAGUCCUUAAUCCCCACUUCUCCAGCAAGGAAUCACUGUCGCUGCUUACCCCAACCCAAGUGGCACAAUUGACAUUGACCUCCGGGGCAUUGAAUGACACAGAUGACAUUAAACUUGUGUUUACGCGGCUGGAGGAAGGAGACGCUUUCAAAAAUGUUGACGAGUUUCUGACGCAACUGACCGCAAAGGAAGAGAUUCCUGACAUCCAUCCAGCCGUGAGAGAUGUGAUGAUGAAUCAGACGUUCAACAUCAUCAGCCUUCAAUUCCCAGAGUUCGAAACGCUGGACUGGAUUGCAUGGUUCGAAGUAAAGCUGAUUCCCAUCCUCCCCAGUUUUAAUGAAGUCAUGCUCACCAUUGCUACCUCAAACGUCAACUGCACCAACUACCAAGUCAUUGUAAAUGGAAUGGACAGAGCUUUCCCUGAAAUGACUCAGGAUAGAAGAGAAGGAAUCGCAAGAGUCCUGCUGAAAUACCUGAGGAAAUCUGUGCACCUAAUCAAUGGACCAGCUUGCAGGCAGGACAUCCACGAUGACAAUGACUGGCUUGCAAUCAACCUGGGGUCAUACUCCGAGUACACAACCUAUUCGGAUCUCAAAGACUUCAACAUCUCAGGGGUGGCAGUUCUAGACUCCCUCUCACCAAACCAGAAAGCUGAAUUGAUACUGGACCCAAGCACUGGCGCUCUGGAGAAUGAGACUCUUGUGAAGAACGUUUUCAUCAGCUUGCUGGAAUCUCCAAGGGAAGAGCAGCUCAAUGAGUUCUUUGUGACUUUUGUUGAAGUCACCAAGCAGGAAAACAUCACUAUCAUCACAAACACAGCCGUAAGAGACACAAUGCUAGACCUGACCUUGAUGGCUCUUGCUCCCAAAUUCGACGUUUUUGAGCCAAAAGACUUCCAGCUGUGGUUCCAAGUCAAUCUGGUUGUUCUGCUGGCCAGCUUCCAUCCUGGCAGAUUGGUUGAUAUCCCGCUAAACAUCACCUGUGAAUCCUACAAUGCCAUAUUUACGGGUCUCGACCAAAGUUUGGAAUCUCUUCCGCCUCACCUCUCACAGGGUGUAAAGUCAAGCUUGGAUGCACUGAUGAAGACAUUCCAACGUUGCUCAAGGCCUCCAGCUUUAAUUGUGUGCAAAGAAACAUUGGUCAAUGAGAAACAACUUUGUGCUGGAUUUAACAGCACACAACUGAAGCAACAAAUGUCGAUUGGGAAUCUCAAUGAAUCCCUUUGCAAUUUCAACAUCUCUGAAUAUGCCUGUUCCUCAACAACCCUUCUGUCAGCGGACAACUUGGUGACGAUCCUGAAAUGCCAAUUGUCCAGCAAAAAGACUUACUCAACAGAAAUGUGGAAGCUGUUCUUCCAAAACAAUGCUGCUAUUCUGGACCAGGCUCUUCUGGAUUACUCCAGCAUGAACCCCAACACCAGCAGUCCAGCUAUGCCAAAUGUCCUUGAUGCCAUUGGAGAUGUCAAACUCAACAACUUCAUGAAUGCACAGCUGAACAACGCCAGUUUCGUUGACAAGUUGUUCCAGAAGAUGCUCCGUCCAUUCUUGGCAUCUCCAUCUAGGAAUUUCCUCUCCUGUCUCAGCUCAAAGAACUUCAGUUGUCAGACCUACCAAAUUGUCAUUGAGGCUCUAAGCAACCAAUCAGCCUCCAUGGACAGAGAGCAACAACGAGUGAUCUUCACUCAUUACAUCUAUCCAUUCCUUUCAAGAAAUGACUCAUCAGAUCCCGGCUGUGUCUCAAACACCAGUGGAAGCAUGGACUGGCUCCAGAGGAACUUUGGCAUCUUUUCUGUUUUUGCAGAACUGCAGGAGUUACAAGUCCUUAAUCCCCACUUCUCCAGCAAGGAAUCACUGUCGCUGCUUACCCCAACCCAGGUGGCACAAUUGACAUUGACCUCUGGGGCAUUGAAUGACACAGAUGACAUUAAACUUGUGUUUACGCGGCUGGAGGAAGGAGACGCUUUCAAAAAUGUUGACGAGUUUCUGACGCAACUGACCGCAAAGGAAGAGAUUCCUGACAUCCAUCCAGCCGUGAGAGAUGUGAUGAUGAAUCAGACGUUCAACAUCAUCAGCCUUCAAUUCCCAGAGUUCGAAACGCUGGACUGGAUUGCAUGGUUCGAAGUAAAGCUGAUUCCCAUCCUCCCCAGUUUUAAUGAAGUCAUGCUCACCAUUGCUACCUCAAACGUCAACUGCACCAACUACCAAGUCAUUGUAAAUGGAAUGGACAGAGCUUUCCCUGAAAUGACUCAGGAUAGAAGAGAAGGAAUCGCAAGAGUCCUGCUGAAAUACCUGAGGAAAUCUGUGCACCUAAUCAAUGGACCAGCUUGCAGGCAGGACAUCCACGAUGACAAUGACUGGCUUGCAAUCAACCUGGGGUCAUACUCCGAGUACACAACCUAUUCGGAUCUCAAAGACUUCAACAUCUCAGGGGUGGCAGUUCUAGACUCCCUCUCACCAAACCAGAAAGCUGAAUUGAUACUGGACCCAAGCACUGGCGCUCUGGAGAAUGAGACUCUUGUGAAGAACGUUUUCAUCAGCUUGCUGGAAUCUCCAAGGGAAGAGCAGCUCAAUGAGUUCUUUGUGACUUUUGUUGAAGUCACCAAGCAGGAAAACAUCACUAUCAUCACAAACACAGCCGUAAGAGACACAAUGCUAGACCUGACCUUGAUGGCUCUUGCUCCCAAAUUCGACGUUUUUGAGCCAAAAGACUUCCAGCUGUGGUUCCAAGUCAAUCUGGUUGUUCUGCUGGCCAGCUUCCAUCCUGGCAGAUUGGUUGAUAUCCCGCUAAACAUCACCUGUGAAUCCUACAAUGCCAUAUUUACGGGUCUCGACCAAAGUUUGGAAUCUCUUCCGCCUCACCUCUCACAGGGUGUAAAGUCAAGCUUGGAUGCACUGAUGAAGACAUUCCAACCGAACAACUUGGUGACGAUCCUGAAAUGCCAAUUGUCCAGCAAAAAGACUUACUCAGCAGAAAUGUGGAAGCUGUUCUUCCAAAACAAUGCUGCUAUUCUGGACCAGGCUCUUCUGGAUUACUCCAGCAUGAACCCCAACACCAGCAGUCCAGCUAUGCCAAAUGUCCUUGAUGCCAUUGGAGAUGUCAAACUCAACAACUUCAUGAAUGCACAGCUGAACAACGCCAGUUUCGUUGACAAGUUGUUCCAGAAGAUGCUCCGUCCAUUCUUGUCAUCUCCAUCUAGGAAUUUCCUCUCCUGUCUCAGCUCAAAGAACUUCAGUUGUCUGACCUACCAAAUUGUCAUUGAGGCUCUAAGCAACCAAUCAGCCUCCAUGGACAGAGAGCAACAACGAGUGAUCUUCACUCAUUACAUCUAUCCAUUCCUUUCAAGAAAUGACUCAUCAGAUCCCGGCUGUGUCUCAAACACCAGUGGAAGCAUGGACUGGCUCCAGAGGAACUUUGGCAUCUUUUCUGUUUUUGCAGAACUGCAGGAGUUACAAGUCCUUAAUCCCCACUUCUCCAGCAAGGAAUCACUGUCGCUGCUUACCCCAACCCAAGUGGCACAAUUGACAUUGACCUCCGGGGCAUUGAAUGACACAGAUGACAUUAAACUUGUGUUUACGCGGCUGGAGGAAGGAGACGCUUUCAAAAAUGUUGACGAGUUUCUGACGCAACUGACCGCAAAGGAAGAGAUUCCUGACAUCCAUCCAGCCGUGAGAGAUGUGAUGAUGAAUCAGACGUUCAAAAUCAUCAGCCUUCAAUUCCCAGAGUUCGAAACGCUGGACUGGAUUGCAUGGUUCGAAGUAAAGCUGAUUCCCAUCCUCCCCAGUUUUAAUGAAGUCAUGCUCACCAUUGCCACCUCAAACAUCAACUGCACCAACUACCAAGUCAUUGUAAAUGGAAUGGACAGAGCUUUCCCUGAAAUGACUCAGGAUAGAAGAGAAGGAAUCGCAAGAGUCCUGCUGAAAUACCUGAGGAAAUCUGUGCACCUAAUCAAUGGACCAGUUUGCAGGCAGGACAUCCACGAUGACAAUGACUGGCUUGCAAUCAACCUGGGGUCAUACUCCGAGUACACAACCUAUUCGGAUCUCAAAGACUUCAACAUCUCAGGGGUGGCAGUUCUGGACUCCCUCUCACCAAACCAGAAAGCUGAAUUGAUACUGGACCCAAGCACUGGCGCUCUGGAGAAUGAGACUCUUGUGAAGAACGUUUUCAUCAGCUUGCUGGAAUCUCCAAGGGAAGAGCAGCUCAAUGAGUUCUUUGUGACUUUUGUUGAAGUCACCAAGCAGGAAAACAUCACUAUCAUCACAAACACAGCCGUAAGAGACACAAUGCUAGACCUGACCUUGAUGGCUCUUGCUCCCAAAUUCGACGUUUUUGAGCCAAAAGACUUCCAGCUGUGGUUCCAAGUCAAUCUGGUUGUUCUGCUGGCCAGCUUCCAUCCUGGCAGAUUGGUUGAUAUCCCGCUAAACAUCACCUGUGAAUCCUACAAUGCCAUAUUUACGGGUCUCGACCAAAGUUUGGAAUCUCUUCCGCCUCACCUCUCACAGGGUGUAAAGUCAAGCUUGGAUGCACUGAUGAAGACAUUCCAACGUUGCUCAAGGCCUCCAGCUUUAAUUGUGUGCAAAGAAACAUUGGUCAAUGAGAAACAACUUUGUGCUGGAUUUAACAGCACACAACUGAAGCAACAAAUGUCGAUUGGGAAUCUCAAUGAAUCCCUUUGCAAUUUCAACAUCUCUGAAUAUGCCUGUUCCUCAACAACCCUUCUGUCAGCGGACAACUUGGUGACGAUCCUGAAAUGCCAAUUGUCCAGCAAAAAGACUUACUCAACAGAAAUGUGGAAGCUGUUCUUCCAAAACAAUGCUGCUAUUCUGGACCAGGCUCUUCUGGAUUACUCCAGCAUGAACCCCAACACCAGCAGUCCAGCUAUGCCAAAUGUCCUUGAUGCCAUUGGAGAUGUCAAACUCAACAACUUCAUGAAUGCACAGCUGAACAACGCCAGUUUCGUUGACAAGUUGUUCCAGAAGAUGCUCCGUCCAUUCUUGGCAUCUCCAUCUAGGAAUUUCCUCUCCUGUCUCAGCUCAAAGAACUUCAGUUGUCUGACCUAUCAAAUUGUGUAUGUAAAGCCAUGA